UCACUGGGGGCAAAACAAUCCGAAAAGUUGCAUCAAUGGCGGGUUCAGCUUCAGCUUCAGCACUGUCCUUCCUCUGGCGCGCUUCCGUCGACUGCAGGCGGAUUUCCAUGAAAAGCGGGGUUUCGUCGACUUCCGAGAAGCGAUUUUCAUUUGCGUGCUUCUCAUCCAAGAAGAAGAAGAUCGGUUUCAUGGACCAAAUUCUCGAUUACAUUGAAGGAGGUCCGAAGCUGAGGAAAUGGUAUGGAGCACCUGAUCUUAUGCAGGAAGAUGAAAAUGAAUUGGAUCAAGAUGAGGUUUCAGAGGAAGAAGUCAGAGAUGCAGUGUUAGUAACUGAUGGAGACAGUGAGAUUGGUCAGAUGAUCAUUCUUGCACUCAUAGUUAAAAAAGUUCGAAUAAAAGCACUGGUGAAGGAUAAGCGGGUUACCAUGGAAGCCUUCGGCACUUACGUUGAGUCAUUGGUGGGAGAUGCAAAGGAUAGAGCAUUCUUUAAGAAGGCUUUACAAGGAGUUCGCGUCGUUAUUUGUCCAACUGAAGGAUUUUUGUGCAAUAUCGACAACUGGAAAGGUAUUCGGCAUGUAAUCUUAUUAUCUCAGUUGUCUGUUUAUAGGGAUUAUACGGGUAUUCAAGCAGUCAUAAACAAGAACUCAAGAAACGUAGCAGAGCAAGAUGAAAAUGCAGUGAAGUCAUCUGGGAUUCCCUACACCAUCAUCAGAACUGGGGUCCUAAAGAACACCCCAGGAGGCGAGCAAGGUUUCAAUUUCAAAGAGGGUAGUGCAGCAAAGGGCAGCCUUAGCAAAGGGGAUGCUGCCUUAAUCUGUGUAGAAGCUCUUGACAAUGUCCCACAAAAAGGGCUGACAUUUGAGGUUGUCAAUGGAGAUGAAAAAGUUUCUGAUUGGAAAAAAUCCUUCACUACAUUGAUGGAUGAGGCAGCACAGUAGAACCUCCACAAAUACGAAUUCGACGAUAAGGAUGAUGAAUGAAAAGGAAAUCUCCUGUGUGGAAAAUUAGCUGUGUCUUUAGCCUUUUAUCAAGUCAUAAGCCUAAAGCCUAUCUACCCUCUUUUAGUACAAUUUAUUCCGCAAAAUUCUGCUCUGGAAUCAUUAUUGAGGAGUAAUUUGACGUGUACCUUAUAAUAAUUUCUUUCUUUCCGUGUAAAAUAAUAUGUAUAUAUGAUUAAAUAUAUAUAUAUAUUUUUUUAUCUUUUUUAAGCAAUUUAACUUUCUUCAGUGAGGUAUAUUGG